CCCCUUAGAUAGACUCAGACUCUUUUUCUCCAUUUUGCCUUCCCACACAAAACCAGAACCAAUAUUGCAUUCUCAUUCAUUCCUCUUUUCUUUACUUCUUUCCUCUUUCUACUCCUCAUUGUAUUCUGUAUUCCAUUUUCCCAACAAAGUUUAUUGCUUUUCUUCCUUCAUUCUUUUGUUUUUCACUGCAAUUUGCCAUCUGGGUUUUUUUUUUUCUCUCAAUCCAUGGAGAAAGAGGUGUUCAUGAACGAGGGAACACAACUCACCUGGAAUUCUUGCACUUUUGGCAUGGAAAUUCAGGCCAACGACCUCAAUUCAGCAACAGGGCAAGUACCCAGUUACUUCCUCAAUCCCAAUUGGGAGAACUCCAUGGAUCACAGCGAUCCCUUUGAGUCUGCAUUGAGUUCCAUGGGGUCUUCUCCAGCAGCGUCUAAUGCUGCCGGUAGUUCUGAUAAUGUGAGAGAAGUGAUUACAAGAUUAGGAAACUUAAGAAGCAGUUCUGGCGAAAUUUCACCCAACUAUUGUGUGAAAUCAAAAAGUACUAGCAAUUCUGGUUACAGUACUCCUUUGAGUUCACCCCGUAUGCUUAAUCUCUCCAUGGUGGAUUCGCAGAUCCGAGGGAAUUUAGCACUUUUGGGGAAUGAAUUGACAAACUUGGCACCACUCUCUGUAGACCCUGGAUUUGUAGAGAGAGCUACAAGAUUUUCCUGUUUUGGCAGUACCGAAUUGCCUCAAAGAUUAGUUCCCACUCCCAGAAUGGAAUCUGGUAUGCUUUCAAGAGUUACAAGCAACCAAUCUAUUAAGGUUGCUGGAUCUCACCAAAGCAACAAGAACUCACCGCAGAAUGGGAAUUCUGGUAGGUUAGAGAAUGCAGAAAUUGGUGAUUCCAAGGAGGAAUGUUCUGUAUCUGAGCAGAUCCCAGGUGGGGGCUCAAUCACCAAAAGCAACAAUGGUACUAAUGCCAGGAAAAGGAAAUCAACACCGAGGGGAAAGGCGAAGGAAACCCCAUAUCCAUCUGCUAGUGAUGCCAAGGUUGCAGCAGAGAAUGAUGAAUCCACUGCAAAGAGAAACAAGCAAGAUGAAGCUGCUGCUUCCGGGAAUGCAAAGGAAAAUGAUGAGAAUCAGAAGCAAGCUAAGGAGAAUCCAAAGCCACCGGAGCCACCAAAGGACUAUAUCCACGUCAGAGCCAGAAGAGGUCAAGCUACUGACAGCCAUAGUCUUGCUGAAAGAGUACGGAGGGAGAGAAUAAGUGAGAGGAUGAAGUUUCUCCAAGAUCUUGUUCCUGGUUGCAAUAAGGUGAUUGGGAAAGCAGUUAUGCUUGAUGAAAUUAUUAACUAUGUGCAGUCUUUGCAGCGUCAAGUCGAGUUUCUAUCUAUGAAGUUAGCCACGGUAAAUCCUAGAAUGGACUUUAACAUGGAAGCCCUUCUGUCAAAGGAUAUUUUUCAGUCUCCUGGAUCUUUACCACACACCAUUUACCCAGUAGAUUCUUCAGCACCAGCAUUCCCUUUUGGGUAUCAGCCCCAGCAAGGGCUAAGUCUGCAGGGUGGAAUACCUAAUAACAUGGAGAGACAAUUCUCACUGAACCUACUAAAUCCAUCAGCGCCUCGAAACUCAAGUAUGCAGUUCACUUCCAUGGAUGGCUUUUGUGAUACUGCUCCUUUGGUUCCUUCAUUUUGGGAGGAUGAUCUCCAGGGUGUAGUCCAGAUGGGGUUUGGCCAGAAUCAACCGCAGAACUUUCAUGGCUCAAUGACUGCAGGACAAGUGAAAAUUGAGCUGUAACUACCACUGAACAACAAGUCAUGUAUUCAUUCCGUUGAGGCCCGCCAAGGAGAGAGGCUUCUAUUCUAUGUAUAGAGACCAGCAAUUCCUGUUUGCUUGGAGAGAAAGAUUUCCUAAUUUUUACCCUCUUUUUCCCUGCUUUUUCUUGUUUUCUGCAACUCAUUCUUUAGGGUUCUUAUUAUUACAAGAAUUCAGCUUUUGUGACAUUCUAGAACUAGCUUCAGUCAAUGUUGUUUCGUCCAUGGUUUCUAUGUAUGUAGCAUAUGGGUAAAUUAAGAAAAAGGAGUUGAUUGGACAGAAGAAUUUUUACGUAUACUUUUGUUUCAACCAUGUCUUCUGUCUUAUAAAUUGAGAAACAUCAU